UAACGGGCCCUACAUGAUUCCUUAAUCGUAGGAAGCGGUGCACUGAAUCAUGAUCCAUAAUAAGAUAUUAUUACCGUCUAUAUAAGUAUAACCAUAACGUUACAUGUACUUGUGUCUUAUCAAAUCCAGACGUCCAGACCAGAACUUAGCCAUGGCUUCUCAUUCUUUUCUUCUUCUUGUCUUAGCCUUUACUUGUCUCGUCUCUCUCAUCUCACCGGCGUUUUCACAAACUUGCUCUACACAGAACAUACUCACCACCGAGAAAACUCCAUUUCAGACUUGCUUAGACCUACCGGUACUCGACUCCUACCUCCACUACACAUACAAUGCAACCAACUCAUCUCUCUCCAUCGCUUUCGUCGCCACUCCAGCUCGACCCAGCGGCUGGAUCGCUUGGGCUAUCAACCCCACGGGGACUGGGAUGGCCGGUUCUCAAGCCUUCGUCGCACUCAGAUCCGGACCCGGCGAGGCUCCCGUCUUGAAGACGUACAACAUCAGUGGCAUUACUGGUAGCAGUCUCGUUGAAGGGAGACUUGCCUUCGAAUUUUGGGAUCAACGUGUCGAAGUCUUGACCGGGAAUAGGGUCGUGAUUCGCACCUCGGUUAAGGUUCCGGCGGGAGAGGAUAGCGUGAACCAGGUGUGGCAGAUCGGCGGGAAUGUGACCAACGGUCGUAUUGGAAUUCAUCCUUUCACUCCAGCCAAUCUGAAGUCUACAGCUGUGCUGCGAUUUUCUGGCUCUGACGCUCCUGCUGCUGCUCCCGGAGGUGGUGCCUCGAACACUCCAGGACAGGCGGGAGGUCCAGGGAACACGGGUUCGAUGACGACUAACGUAAAUUUCGGGAUCAGUUUGGGAGCAUUUGCUUUGUUGGGUAGUAUUUUUGUUUCGUGAAGGUGAUCUUUCUCUAUCUACAUUUCUCUUUCUAGCAAAAUAAAUCAAUAAUGAGCUCCAUACUUUCUAGACUUAGGUCAUUUACUUUUUUUUUCUUUUUUCACCUUACCUUCUCUUACCACAUUAUUCUGAGUUGUUAUUGUAUUGUAUGGAUCAUUGCCACUGUCAUCUUAUUUACUCAAAAUAGCUGCGUUUCUAGUCCCGCUCAUUAGUGGCCUAGUUCCACAGAUUCACGUA